AUGUCGAUCAAAAACUUGAUUGAAUUCGACUCUUAUAGCGAGCGCAAAGCUUUUGACGAGACGAAAGCAGGUGUGAAAGGUCUCGUCGACGCUCAAAUCACUGAGAUUCCUCGUAUCUCCCGUCUUCCUCAAGGUACCUUAGCCGACAAGAAAACCUCUGUUUCUGCCUCGGAUUUUGCAAUCCCUAUAAUCGACUUUGCAGGCGUCCACGUGGACGCAGCGUCGCGUGAAGUCGUUGUAGAGAAGAUCAAAGACGCGGCAGGGAAUUGGGGAUUCUUCCAGGUGAUUAACCAUGGUGUUCCUUUGAGCGCUCUUGAAGAGAUUAAAGAUGGAGUAGUUAGGUUUCAUGAGCAAGAUCUUGAGGUGAAGAAAUCUUACUUCACUCGUGACGCAGCCAAGAAAUUUGUGUACAAUAGCAAUUUCGAUCUGUAUAGCUCUUCUUCAUGUGUUAACUGGAGAGACAGUUUUGCUUGUUAUAUGGCUCCUGAUCCUCCAAAGCCUGAGGAACUCCCAAUGGCUUGCAGGGAUGCUAUGAUCGAGUAUUCGAAGCAUAUGAUAAGCUUAGGGUAUUUUCUCUUUGAACUUCUCUCAGAAGCUCUCGGUUUAAACUCAGAGAUGCUUAAGAGCCUGGAUUGCAUGAAGGGUUUGCUUAUACUCGGCCAUUACUACCCUCCAUGUGGUCUUCAAGUUCUUCAUGAGGACUGUUGGGUCGAUGUCUCUCCUCUUCCGGGGGAUCUCCUCAUCAACAUUGGAGAUUUCUUGCAGCUUAUGACGAAUGACAAGUUCAUAAGCGUGGAGCAUAGGGUACUUGCGAACAGAGCAGGACCGAGGAUUUCAGUAGCGAGCUUUUUCAGCACGAGUAUGCUUCCCAACUCAACUGUUUACGGACCAAUCAAAGAGCUUAUCUCUGAAGAAAACCCUCCAAAAUACAGAAAUAUCAAUUUAGAAGAAUACACAAAGGGAUACUUUGUGAAAGGCCUCGACGCAACAUCACAUCUUCCGAAUUUCAAGAUAUGA